UUGUGCUUAAAUGUGUUUAAUGUAAAGUUUGAAUAAGUUAAUAUGUUAAUAUAAGUUAAUAUUACUAAAUUUCUAAAGCCAUAUUAAUAUUCCACAAUAUUUAAAAAGAACUUCAAAGUAAAUACUUAAAAAUUUAGUUUUUGCAAAAAAUCAUGUCUGUACAAAAACGCAAAACUGUUAUCAAAGAAAAAUUGAGCGACGAGACGUUAGACAAAUUUAUUGACGCCAGAAUUAGUCUCCAUGAAAUGUUUAUCGAAUAUCGGUUCCGUCCUCGGAAAUGCUGGGAACUUGUUGGUGAGCAAAGUGGAAUUCAUGAACCCUGGAUUACACUAAGAAAUCGUUGGUAUAUGUUAAUAGAUAGAUAUAGACGUUUUAAAAAAUUACCUACUGAUGGUAGAAGAUAUUGGCCACUCUAUGAGAAAAUACAUAGUUAUUAUAGUCAGCGCAAUAACAUCAAUCUUAACCUCAAUCUACCGGUCAUUAAGAGUAAACAGAACAAUCCAGUCUCCCUUAAAACUCCAACUGUCGAUGUACCAAUAGAGACAUCGUCCACAAAUUCAGAGCAUUUAAGUUUUUCUGCAAAUCGCGAAGCAACCACAGAAGCAUUAAAUAACUCAGAGCUAAUAACAGAAAAGGAAGUAAGAAGAGCAACACGAGUCCUUACUAAGAUUCUGAAUAGUUCGUUCAGUUUUAACGUUUCUCUUUCAGAUUCUGAGUAAAAUCUUAAUUAAUUUUAAUUACUCUAUAGAGAUUUUUAAGUUAACUUUUAAAUUUAAGUUUUAAUUUUAUUUGGUACCUUUUAAAUUAGUUUAUUUAUUAUUUAUUAUUUUUAUUUU